CAACCGACGAAGAGAAUUUGAUUUGUUGUUGGUUGUGUCUGGUCUCUUCGUCUAGGGUUUUUUGGGUGAUUAAAGAUGGUGAGGAUCGUGAGAAGUUGUUUACAGUCCAUGUUAAAGCUUGUGAAUUCUCUAAUUGGGAUGGUUGGGAUUGCUAUGAUUCUCUACGCUGUUUGGCUGAUUAGGCAAUGGCAAGAACAAAUGGGAAAUCUUCCCUUUGCUGAUUCUGAUCACCCUGUUCCAUGGUUCAUUUAUUCAUUUCUCGGUCUCGGGGCAAUUCUCUGUGUUGUCACUUGUGCUGGGCACAUAGCAGCUGAAACCGUGAAUGGAUGUUGCCUUUACUUGUAUAUGGGAUUCAUUGUCUUGCUAGUUAUGGUUGAAGGCGGUGUGGUUGCCGAUAUCUUUCUGAACCGUGACUGGAAAAAGGACUUUCCAGAGGAUCCAAGUGGUGCUUUCCACCAGUUCUCUAAGUUCAUUGAGUCAAACUUCAAGAUUUGCAAGUGGAUAGGUCUCUCUAUUGUCUGUGUCCAGGGUCUAUCAGUUUUAUUAGCCAUGUUGCUCAAAGCUCUUGGACCUCACCCUUACCGUCAUUAUGACAGUGACGAUGAAUACAAUGUAAGCACAGUUGCACUCCUGCAAGAUGGUCGUCAGCCGCCUCCAUACGUUGUUGGAGAACCCAUGUAUGGAGCCAAACCGGGAGCUUGGACAGUUAGGGUUAACGAAAGGGCAAACCGAUGAGAGGUGCAAACCAAGAAACUCGUAGAAGAAAAUGGCAAAGAGUCUGCUCUUUCCAUGUGUGCAAUUACAUUGGCUUCUUGUUGCAUCUCUUUCUUUCAUUAAAUCUUUCACUAUUUA